GUAUUGAUUCACUAGCGCAGAAUGGGGGUUGGGAGUGUGAUGCAGCAAAUCAGUGCAGCAGCAGGUCCUGCUCAGAGGAGAUGGAAAGAUGCCUGUCGAAUCCACUUGAAGAACGGUCAUCAUGACAAUGCAGCAACAAAGGGAUCGCUUACACCUGAGAAGAACUACUGAACAGCACGUGCCAGAGGUGGAAGUCCAGGUCAAACGUAGAAGGACUGCCUCACUGAGCAACCAAGAGUGUCACCUGUACCCACGGCGUUCUCAGCAGCAGCAGCAGCAGCAGCAAGUUCCUGUGGUUGAUUUCCAGGCAGAACUUAGACAGGCAUUUUUAGCUGAGACACCAAGGGGUGGUUAAAACAGUAUUGAAACAUCAAAGGUGGUGGAGAUCAAGGAAAACAGGACCCAUUUAUUGUCUGUGACUCUUCAGUCAACCUUACAUUGUGUCUAAGUGAACCUGUAUCACACCUUUAUUUAUACUGCUCCCAAGUAUUAAGGAUCUUGAAAUUUUACUAUUA